AUCCAUCAUUUACCACCAUGCAUGCAGUUGCAAUUCUGAUUUAACCAGAUACAUUGUCAUAUUUGUGUUGCAUUGCAACAUAUAGGCUAUUGAAAUACAAUUUUCAUCAAUUGCAUUUUCCCAGACCCUGUCGAUAAUAGGCUAUUCUAUUCCCAAAAAAUUGCAGCUGCGCUGGUAUAUUUUUUCGCAUCACCUCUUCGCCCGCGACCACACCACACCACAACCAACAAGGGUUUGCUACCCGACAAUUAUGUUCACCUUAUGGUAAGGGUGGCAGAAAUGACGGUCGCGUACAAUCAUGGAAGAUAAACCUUGGGACAAUUUUCUCGCAUCAAAUGAGGCUAACGUUAUAUGAGUUUAGAGGAGAGCCGCUACGUGUGUCUCCCAUACCGACCCCCCUCCUCCUCCGCUGGCAAUUUAUAAAGAACAAAAAAUCAGACUAGGGAGGGGGUUGAUACGCCGAAGCUGAAAUCGAGAGGCGAACCCAGUUAAGGAGUAUUUUUUUUACACGGGACUUCCCCAAAAGGAGGGGGAAAAGUCACAAUUGUGGAAUCAAAAAGAAAAUUAAGGUUCAAAAUACGUGAAAACGUCUCCGGUUGUGGAUUCCGUAUAUAUUUUUAAUUCGAAAAAAUAUGGCCGAGAACGUUCUGGACUCUGGCCCGCCUUCAGCCAAGAGGCCUAAACUAUCCUCUCCGGCACUUUCUGCCUCCGCCAGCGAUGGAAACGAUUURGGCUCGUUGUUCGACCUGGAGCACGACCUCCCUGACGAGCUCAUCAAUUCCUCUGAGUUGGGCCUGGUCAACGGAGGGGACCUCAGCCAGCUGCACACCAGUCUGGGGGGAGGAGGUGGGAUGGGCCUGGGCCCUGGAGGAGGGGGUGGCCAGGACGCAGUGGCCAAGCACAAGCAACUCUCAGAGCUCCUUCGAUCAGGCGCUCCACAUGCCUCCACACAGCAGGGCCAGGGUGUGGUGGGCAGCCCAGGCGGGGCCAGCAUGGGCCACCUGGGGAACAUGAAGGUAUCCCCUGGGCCCCAGGGCAUGGGCCAGCAGCAACACCUCUCACCCCAGCAGCAGGCCAGCAUGAUGCAGCAGCAGGUGGGGAUGGUGGGUGCCAUGAACAGGGGCAUGAUUGGGGCCCAGAAGGGCAACGGACAGCAGCAGCAGCAAGCCAUGAUGGGGGGGCCGGUGAUGAACGGAUCCCCCAGGAUGAGCUUCUCGAACCAGGGGAUGGGGGGGAGCAGUAACAUGCUGGCUGAGACUCUGCAGCAGCAGGGGGCCGGGGGACAGGCUGGACUCAGAGUACAGCAACCUGGAGCACUGAACAAGAUGGGUAUGGUGGGUAACCCAGGCKCCUAUGGAGGCCCCUACGGUGAGCAGCAGGCAGGCCCGGGCCUGGGGGGAGCAGGGCUGGGCCCUCCGCUCCAGAACAAAGGCUCCAUGCCCAACAGCCUGGCCCAGUUCAGCAUGGACAAGAAGAGCCAGCCCAUGCAGGGCAUGGCUGCCAUGGCCACACAGCAGUCUGRCGCAGGUGUGGGCGGUGGAGCCGGAGGCACUGCAGGGGUGGUCCCCAACGCCCAGGGAGGCCUGGGGCCCGCCGUGACUGCAGCAGCUGGGGCGCCCCCUACGGCCGACCCCGAGAAGCGCAAGCUGAUCCAGCAGCAGCUGGUACUCCUGCUCCAUGCACACAAGUGCCAGCGGCGGGAGCAAGCCAACGGGGAGGUGCGCCAGUGCAACUUGCCACACUGCCGCACCAUGAAGAACGUCCUCAACCACAUGACCCACUGCCAGGCCGGCAAGUCCUGCCAGGUGGCUCACUGUGCGUCAUCCAGACAGAURAUCUCUCACUGGAAGAACUGUACGCGGCACGACUGUCCUGUCUGCCUGCCGCUCAAGAAUGCCGGGGACAAGAGGAACCAGCAGUCUCUGCUAGGAGGUGCCGGUGUAGGUCUGGGUAGUUCCCUGGGCUCGGUGCCCGGAGGCCAGCCCAGCGCAGCCAAUCUCAACCCCCCCAGCCAGAUUGACCCCAGCUCAAUUGAGAGGGCCUACGCCGCCCUGGGCCUCACUUACCAGGGCACCCAGAUCCAGAGCCAGCCCAACCAGGCUUCUCUGCCCUCACAGGGUCUGCAGGGCCAGCCGGGCAUGAGGCCGCUCAACCCUAUGGGGGGUAACCCGAUGGGGGUGAAUGGAGGAAUGGGUGUUUUACCCCAGAACCAGCAGGCCAGCCUGCUGCAGGACACCAUGCUCCACCUCAACAUGAACUCCCAGGGUCUGAUGAAUGAUGCGGGUGGGACGGGUAACAUGGGCUCCAUGCCCAUGGCGACCCCACCCUCUGCAGCAGGUAUGAGGAAGAGUUGGCACGAGGACAUCACCCAGGACCUGAGGAACCACCUGGUGCACAAACUGGUGCAAGCCAUCUUCCCGACCCCGGACCCUGCUGCUCUGAAAGACCGGCGGAUGGAGAACCUGGUGGCGUACGCUAGGAAGGUGGAGGGGGACAUGUAUGAGUCUGCCAACAGCAGGGCGGAGUACUACCACCUGUUGGCUGAGAAGAUCUAUAAGAUCCAAAAGGAAUUGGAGGAGAAGAGGCGAACGCGGCUCCAAAAGCAGGAUGGUCCACUCCCGGACCCUUCCCUGGUGCGGCCCGGUGGACCCAACCAGAUGGUGACUAGGAUGCAGAAUCCGGCAGGUAUGAACCAGUUCAACCAGAUGGGGAUGCAGUCUAUGGGCCAGAGGUCCACCCCUCCUCUCCCCCUCACACCCAUCAACCAGAUGGGCAUGGGGAACCCCAGGAUGGGCCAGCCCAACGUGGGCCAGAACCAGUACCUUCCCCAGGGACAGUUCCCAGGCUCCAGCCCAGGACCAGGCCUCGGCACGGGGCAGCCCGGCAUGGCACAGCCUGGCAUGAACCAGCAAGGCAACCAGGGAGGCAUGGCACAGACUCCAAUGCCCAUUCCUUCCCCUCUCCCCGCCAACAGCCCUCUAGCCGGGCCCGGUUCGGUCGGAGGGGGUAGCGGUGUCCCCUCGGUGGGGCCUAUGGGUCCCCAGAGUGUGGGUGGAGGCCCCUCGUCCAACAACCCCCAGCAGCCCAACUCAAUAACCCACCUCUCGGCCAUGCGCCAGAGCUCGCCCUCCCCCGCCCGCAGCAUCACCCCCACACCCCACCAAACACCACCCAGGCUAGCUGGCUCACAGACCCCACAGCCCCACACCCCUAACCCGCCCCAGCUGGCCCCCCCAGGCCCCCAGCAGCAGCUAGGGCCCGGCAGCCAGGGACCAGGCUCCAACAAGCCCAUGCAGCAGGGGAUGGGAGCAGGGGCCACCACCCCAUCUCACCCUGGUCACCCCUCCACAACACCCAACCCCCAUGGAGGCCAGCUCCCUCGCACGCCUCGCACUCCGAUGUCCCAGAAGGGUGGCUUCCAGUCCCAGGACUGUCAGGCUCUGACCCCAGCGUCAGUCAGCAGUGUGGACACGGCCUCCCAGCAGGCCUCCCAGUCGGACGCCUCGGCCUCCGUGGACCCCAAGGCGGAGGUCAAGCAGCAGCAGGACGAGGAGGACGACUGGGAGGAAGGCUGCUCCAAGGGGGGGAAGCUAUCCAACAUCAAGACGGAGAACAAACCCAUCAAAAUGGAGGGGGUGAAGAAAGAGGAGUGUGGAGGCCAAGGGGGCAAAGGUGUUCCCAUGGAAACGACGUCAUCGUCGGGGGUUAAGAGUGAGGAAAGGGUGAAGAUGGAAGACCGGAAACCGGAGGUGAAGAUGGAGCCGAAAGAGGAGGAGAAGGGAUCAGAUUCCCCUGGUAUUCCGUCUGGUGCCCAGAACAAGAAGAAGAUCUUCAAGCCAGAGGAGCUGCGCCAGGCCUUGAUGCCUACCCUGGAGUCUCUGUAUCGCCAGGACCCAGAGUCUCUGCCCUUCAGACAGCCUGUGGACCCUCAUCUACUGGGCAUACCUGACUACUUUGACAUAGUGAAGACCCCCAUGGACCUGUCCACUAUAAAGCGUAAGCUGGACACUGGUCAGUACCAGGAACCCUGGCAGUACGUGGACGACAUCUGGGUCAUGUUGAACAACGCAUGGCUGUACAACCGCAAGACGUCCCGCGUCUACAAGUACUGCUCCAAGCUGGCCGAGGUGUUCGAGGCUGAGAUAGACCCCGUCAUGGUCAGCCUGGGCUACUGCUGCGGCAGGAAGUUGGAGUUUUCUCCCCAGACGUUGUGCUGCUAUGGGAAGCAGCUGUGCACUAUACCCCGGGACGCGGCCUACUUCAGCUACCAGAACAGGUACCACUUCUGUGAGAAGUGCUUCAACGAAAUCCAGGGGGACAACGUGUCCCUGGGAGACGACCCCUCCCAGCCUCCGACUUCCAUCGGUAAAGAUCAGUUUGAGAAGAAGAAGAAUGACACACUGGACCCUGAAUUACUUGUGGAAUGUAUGGACUGCGGACGUAAGAUGCACCAGAUCUGUGUCCUGCACAACGACACUAUCUGGCCGUUAGGUUUUAAUUGUGAUGGCUGCUUAAAGAAGUUGAAUAAGACACGGAGAGAGAACAAGUAUGCUGCCAAAAGGUUGCCCCACACUAAGCUAGGCUGUUAUUUGGAGACUAGAGUGAAUGACUACCUGAAGCGUCAGAGCCACCCUGAGUCGGGUGACGUCACCAUCCGAGUGGUCCACGUCUCUGACAAGGUGGUAGAGGUCAAACCAGGCAUGAAGUCCAGGUUUGUGGACACUGGGGAGAUGUGUGAGUCAUUUCCAUACAGAACGAAAGCCCUGUUUGCGUUUGAGGACAUCGAUGGAGCUGACGUCUGCUUCUUCGGCAUGCAUGUACAGGAGUACGGCUCGGACUGUCCUCCUCCCAAUCAGAGACGCGUGUACAUCUCGUACCUGGACAGUGUUCACUUCUUCCAGCCUCGUUCUCUGAGGACGGGUGUCUACCAUGAGAUUCUCAUUGGCUACCUGGAGUAUGUCAAGAAGCUGGGGUACACGACGGGUCACAUCUGGGCGUGCCCACCUAGUGAAGGGGACGACUACAUCUUCCACUGUCACCCUAUGGACCAGAAGAUCCCCAAGCCCAAGAGGCUUCAGGAGUGGUAUAGGAAGAUGCUGGACAAGGCUGUGGCAGAGCGCAUCGUGCAUGACUUCAAGGACAUCUUCAAGCAGGCCACAGAGGACCGUCUGACAAGUGCCAAGGAGCUGCCGUACUUUGAGGGGGACUUCUGGCCCAACGUGCUGGAGGAGAGCAUCAAGGAGCUGGAGCAGGAGGAGGAGGAGAGGAAGAGAGAGGAAAACAGCACUUCCAACGAGAGCAUAGAUGCCACGAAGGGCGACAGCAAGAACGCCAAGAAGAAGAACACCAAGAAGACUUCUAAGAAUAAGAGCAGCAUGAGCCGAGCCAAUAAAAAGAAGCCAGGCUUGCCCAACGUGUCCAAUGACCUCUCUCAGAAACUCUACGCCAGCAUGGAGAAGCACAAAGAGGUAUUCUUUGUGAUCCGUCUGAUAGCGGCGCCUAUGUCCAACACGCUGGGCCCCAUCACGGACCCCGACGGCCUGAUGGCCUGCGACCUGAUGGACGGGCGCGACGCCUUUCUCACCCUGGCCCGCGACAAACACCUAGAGUUCAGCUCGCUGCGCAGGUCCAAGUGGAGCUCCAUGUGCAUGCUGGUGGAGCUCCACAACCAGAGCCAGGACCGCUUCGUCUACACCUGCAACGAGUGCAAGGGCCACGUGGAGACACGCUACCACUGCACCGUCUGCGAGGACUAUGACCUGUGCAUCACCUGCUACAACUCUAAGGGGCACAUUCACAAGAUGGAGAAGCUGGGUCUGGGCCUGGAUGACGAGAGCAACAACUCGGCCGCUUCGUCCAUCGCCAACCCUGGAGACUCGCGCCGCCUCAGCAUCCAGCGCUGCAUCCAGUCUCUGGURCACGCCUGCCAGUGUCGCAARGCCAACUGCAGCCUGCCGUCCUGCCAGAAGAUGAAGCGRGUGGUGCAGCARACSAAAGGUUGCAAGCGCAAYACCAACGGCGGCUGCCCCAUCUGCAAGCAACUCAUCGCCCUGUGCUGCUACCACGCCAAGCACUGCCAGGAGAACAAGUGUCCCGUACCGUUCUGUCUGAACAUCAAGCACAAGCUGAGGCAGCAGCAGCUCCAGCAUCGGCUCCAGCAGGCCCAGAUGCUGCGGAGGAGGAUGGCCAGUAUGCAGAGGGUGGGUCAGCCACCUCCGGGACCGGGGGGCAACGGUGGGCUACCGUCCCCGGGAAACAGCACCACAGGGCCCAGUACCCCCAUGUCCGUGGGCACACAGCCCCCCACGCCUCAGACCCCCACCCAGGGGAACAUGCCUCUCGGACCCCAGCAGGGAAUGGGUCAGGGCCCCCCAGGGCAACAGCAGCAGUUACAGCAGCAGGGCGGCAUUCCCCAGCAGCACCACAUGCACCACCAGUUCCAGCAGCAGAUGCAGCAUAGUGGAGGGGUAAUGAUGAACUCUCCUCAGCAGCAACAGAUGGUCCAACAACAGCUCCAACAGCAGCAGCAGGGCCAGUCUCCAAAUGUCCAGCAGAUGAAGCACCCAGGAGGUCUUCCCCCUUACACCCCCAGACCUCCAGGUGCCUCUCCCCUCCACCAGUCCCUGGGCAAACCCGGUCUGGGCCCAGCCACACCUCCACAGCAGCAGGCAAACCCCGGCCAGGGCUCCAUGUCCCAGGGGCAGCAGCAGCAACAGGGGCCUCCUCCGGCAGCGGUGGAGAUAGCGUUGAAGAUUCAGCGUGUGGCAGAGACACAGCGUCAGAUGGCCCAGGCUCAAGCCCAGAUCCUCCAAAGGCAGCAGGCGGCCCAGGGUGGAGGCAUGAUACCCCCUCACCCCCACCAGCCCCCUCACCCCCACCACCAGAACCCCCAGGCCCAGAUGCAAGGCAUGGCCCACCCAGGAGCAGGCAUUGCAGGGCCCCAGGGGAUGGCUCCCCAGGGCCAGGGUGUGGCAGGGAGGACUCAUAUGGAGCAGCAGGGGAUGGUGGUGGGGCAAGGAGGCAUGCAGCAGCAAGGAGGCAUGCAGCAGCAAGGAGGCAUGCAGCAGCAAGGAGGCAUGCAGCAGCAAGGAGGCAUGCAGCAGCAAGGAGGCAUGCAGCAGCAAGGAGGCAUGCAGCAGCAAGGAGGCAUGCAGCAGCAAGGCGGCCCCCAGUCGCAGCUCUCUCCCCAGGUUCAGCUCCAGCAGCAGGCCCCACUCCAGAAUCCUAACCAACAGCAGUGGGGCGGCCCGGGUGGGAUGGCACCCCAGCAGAGCUCCCCCGGCCAGCAUCAACAGGUCCUCAAUAUCCUCCGCUCCAACCCCCUCCUCAUGGCUGCCUUCAUCAAGCAGCGAGCUGCCCGAUACCAGGGAGGUCCAGGGGUGCCGGGGGCCCCGGGAGGAGGGGGGCCCGGAGGCGUGCGGUUCCAGGGGGCCCCUGGUGGGGCAGGAAUGGGCCCUGGGGGUAACCAGGUGGUCAUGGAUGGUCAGCAGGUGAACGUAAACCCCGGAGUAGCCCAGCCAGGGAUGAACAUGGGCCAGGCAGGCGGAGGAGUAAAUAUGUCCACUAUGGCUCAGCUACAGCAGUUACAGCAGCAGCAGCAGCGCCCCCUCCUGCCUGGGAGUCUGCAGCAACAGCAGCAAAUGUUCAGAGAGAUUCUGAUGAGAAGGCACCUCCAACAGCAGCAGCAACAACAGAUGAGUAACAAUGGUCAGUUCCAGCAGCCCCAGCCCCCCCAACAACAGCAGCAGGGUCAGGGCCAGCAGGGCUUCAUGCAUCAGGGCCAGCCUGGUCAACCUGGCCAGACCCAGCCUGGUGGCGGGGGAGGGCCGCAGCAGGGUGGGGGAGGCCCCCAGGGGCCCCAGCCCGGCCCUUCACCAGAGACUACUCCAGCAGCAGCACCUAGGAGGGGGCUCGCCUGCCCAGCACGGCAGUCCUAUGAGCCCCCAGCAGCAGAUGGCCCAGUCCCCACACCCCCACCUCCAGAACAGCAACAGCAACAGCAGGAUGGGGGUGGGGGGCCUGGGCAGCUCCAACAGGGGCAGCAGGGUCCCCAGCAAGGCCAAGGUGGUCAGCCCCAGUCUUCCCAUGCCAUGCUCCAGCAGGCCCUUCACCAGAGACUACUCCAGCAGCAGCACCUAGGAGGGGGCUCGCCUGCCCAGCACGGCAGUCCUAUGAGCCCCCAGCAGCAGAUGGCCCAGUCCCCACACCCCCACCUCCAGGGCCAGGCUCUGGGCGGUCAGUCCCUCAGUAACCAGGUGCGUUCCCCUCAGCCCUCCCCUCGGCCACAGUCCCAGCCGCCCCACUCCAGCCCCUCGCCACGCAUGCAGCCCCAGCCCUCCCCUCACCGCAUCUCCCCCCAGACCCAGACAGGCUCUCCGCACCCGGGUCAUCUCUCCCAGCACCACCCUGGUAUGGUGGCCCCCCAAAACCCACAACAAUUGUCACAGCAACAACAGCAGCAGGCUAACUCUGGGGACCCGGGUACGUUUGGUUCGGACCCGAGUGCUAUGAUGUCCCAGAUAAGUGGGAUGGGAGGCUUGCAUGGCCCAGGGCAGUCAGACAUGUUGGGUAAUAACCACCAGGACCUGGGGACAAACAACCACAACAGUUUAGACAUUAUGUAGCCUACUACUACUUCUGUCUCAGUGCUCUGAAGAACUGUCCUCAUGGGUCUGGCUGGAAGGGGGAUGGCAGUUUUUGAAGUUAUUUUUAUUUAAUAUUUUUCUGAUGUAUAAAUGAAAAGAACUCAACUUCCUAUGGGAGAUGCAACGUUAAAUCUACAAGUCAAUAAAUGAAUAAAUUAAACGAAUGGUAAGUUAUUGCUGUUUAUGUUAUAUAUAUAUAUAUAUAUAUAUAUAACAUUUUUGCCAAUUGUGUACAUAAGGUGUAAGGGGUUUCUGGACGUGAGAGUUCUUCCUUAGUAUAUGACACAAGUAAUAUUUUUGGGGACUGAAUUUUUUUGCUUUUUAUUUUUUACAAGUAUUUUUAAGAUUUUCAAUGUGGUGGAAAAAUUACAGUGAGUUAAUACAAUGGACCUUUCUAUCGUUCGGUUUUCCUCCAUAAAACCAGUCAUGAUUGUAUCUGUUUUGCAGAGAAGUGUUUUUUUAUUAUAAUUAUCAAUAUUAUUUUUGCUGGAUCUACAAACAAAUGUCAUAUCUUUUUUGGGGGGGUGGGGGGGCAGAUGUACUUUGCAACUGCUACAAUUCAAAUAGAAGAAUAUAUUUUUGUUAAUGACUGUCCAAAAACCGAGAGGGUUGAAAGAAGGGCAAGUGUAUUUUUUUCCUGAUUUUGUUAGGGAUCCAAGUGAAACCGAAACAUUAUUGCUGGGGAGGUGAGCAGGGGCUGGCUGAUCGCCUUCUAGGAUUGUCUGUGAGCAUCUCGGGUCGUUGGACGCCCAGAUCUUCUACGCCAGGGUUUCCCCCCUCCCGGGUUCAUGUUUUGGUUUUUGCCCUAGCAGUAAACGGCUGAUUCAAAUAACCAACUCAUCAUCAAGCUUUGAUUAUUUGAAGCAACUGAUGUGCUAGGGCAAAACCAAAAUGUGCACCCGGGGGGGGGCCCAGGACAGAGUUUGGGUAACCCUGUCCUACACUCCCCUUUACCCCUACACUUAAAAACAGGACGAUGGAUGAGAAACUUACUACUGAUGUUGCCAGCUGAUUUGGAGGAUUGAUGGAUGGCUCCAUGUAGUGUGUGUAUAUACCCUCAUGAACUGAAACAUGAAGGGGAUAUGGGGAAGGUGUGAAGGGCUUUCCUAGGAACUUUUAACUUUUGUCAAUGAUGCUACCCUUCCCCUCGCAUCCUAGUCACAAGCCCCUCUUCUUCCCCUCUCAUCCUAGUCACAAGCCCCUCUUCCCCUCUCAUCCUGGUCACUAGCCCCUCUUCUUUUACCCUGACUGUUGGUUUUAAUUUAAUGUUAUUACUGUACAAAAACUGGACUUUAAUGAAAUACUGUUUGUAAUAAUAAAAUGAAAAUCAUACAUUUGCGCUGUACAGACUUUCAGACCUAUGAUGAGCAGAGACUCUUUUUCUACUGCUGAUUUUCUCGAUUUGGUUUCCUAGCAACCUGGUCUCCCAAACUAUGUAAAAGUAUUGAUUUCUGAAAGGUACAGUAUGGGGUGUAGGUCAUGAGCACCAAUGAGCCUUUGUGUAUAUAUUUUUUUUUAACUGGGGAUAUUGCAAAAUAACAUCUUGAUUGCUGUGAACACCAACACAUUCACAUGAACACAUGCACAAAACGUGAGAAGGCUUAUUACUGUGGUCAGAAAAUGAAUUCAUAAUUUUGCCUCAUAUUAAAGAAUUACACAAGAUUUCACAAGUUCACUUAUUUUUCUCUAAAGGUUGAGAUUUGGGGGAGGGGAAAAAAACAAGUGGCAAUAUAUCUUGAGACUUAUUUUAUAAAAAAACAAGGAAAGCUUGUAUUUUAUAUAUAGAUAUUAUUUAAUUUUAUUUUUUUGAAAAUAAAACUUGAAGCUACAGGAAUUAAUAGAUUAAACUUUUUUUGUAUUGAAGAUGUAAUGGUGAUGUAAAAUGACACUGCGGUCAUUCACAGCCCUCUUUGGGGCUGUUUGAGUAUAUCAUGCCAUUUUGAUGAAAUGUACACUUGUAUACAUACUGAAUCACUACAAACCAUGGCAACUGAACUUUUGUUUUGCUUAUUCUUUCUGCCUAAAGAAACUGGAAUUAAGACUGUGUUUAGUGUUCAAAUGGAAUCUUUGACCACUUUUCUGUUACAAUACUUUGGUGCUUGCUGAGAGGAAGCAAAAAAUAAAUAACUGUUGCUCCAUUUUCA